AUGCUUCCCUACGCGACAUUUCUCCUCCGAUUCCCAGUUAUCACGCUGGAAGGCGAGCCGCUCCGUUACAGGCAGUUGGAUGUGCUUGAGUUCGACUCCGAACGGAAGUGCAUGUCGGUAGUUCUACAGGCAGUAUCGGAUCCCGAAGACUCCAGCCCUGCACUCGAUCCUACGCAGCCCGUCCUCGUUCUCUGCAAAGGCGCCGAGACAAGCAUACUUUCUCGGGUAAUCCGACAAUUAAAAGCCUAUCCUCUCUCCACUUUGCGGCUUAGUUUCAUAUUCAUCUCGCCUAACAGAAUUGGCUAUCUGUUACUGCCUUCUUCGUUGCUCUGGAUGGAGCCGAUUCUUUUUUGCACAUUUAAGCCUGUCUCUCUGCAGUGA